AUGGCGCGGCAGAGGCCGACUACGAGGCACUUCCACAACCAGCCAGAGUUGCGCCGUGGUGACAGCUCCAGCCUCAUGCUGAGGUGGAUCUUCUUAGUCUGGUUGGCGAGCUACGGGCCCCUGGGAAACACCGUAAAACAAGACGAAGAAAACUUUCUCAAUUUCACCUGCUACACCAGAGUGAAGGAAAUUUUUGUGGCGUGUUCGUUACUCCAGCCAACUUCCCAGACGUCUACAAUUAUUGUAAAAGUGCUAAGUCCUAAGCUACGUUUGAGUGCUGCCCCGUGGGUAAAGAUGAAUACUAACCAGAAAAAUAAAGUUGCCCCCGGAUUAAGUGCUUGGACGUGA